AUGAAUAAUGAAUAUUCAAAAUCGAUACCUAUACGUCCUCAAUUACCUUUGACAAAACGACACAAGCGUUGGAAUAAAAAUACAGAUAAUGAUGAAACUGAAAUUACAGUUAAUAAACUAUUUAUACCUCUAAAUAAUUCUGUUGAUAUAUCUUCAUCAAAUUCAUCAAUAAUUGAAAAUGUUGAUGAUUUAAUGAAUUCAACAAUUUCAUUUCAAUUCAAUAUGACAACACUUGAAGUAUAUUCAGGUGAAAAUACAACUAUGCACAAUUCAUUAUUAAGACAAAAUUUGACAGAAUUAAAUCAAACAGAUGAUCAAACUACAAUUUCAAUUAUUGAAAAUGUUUUACAGGAUAAUAAAACAGACACUAAUGAUACAAUGUUUUCACCUAAAAUGUUCAAUGAACUUAUUUAUAUUGAUUUAAUUGAUUCACAAACAUUUGCAAGCAACAUUACAGAUAUUUAUCAUAUAAUUACUAAUGACAAAAACGAGUCUAUAACUAAUGAAAUCAAUAAUUUACCUAAUGAAUUUCAAACAUCAUCAUUUCCAAUUAUGUUCAACCAAACCAUCAACGACGUUGAACCCACUAUUGUUACUACUCAUUUAGAUUACACUACCACGUCGUAUAAUAUAACAGAUAAUAAUCAAACAUAUGAAUGGGGUUUAUUAUUUAAUGAUAAAACAGAAACAAUUCCAAAUAAUCAAACAUAUGAAUGGGGUUUACUAUUUAAUGAUAAAACAGAAAUGAGUUCAUCUAAUGAUUCUUCUACAAUUGCAACAAGUAAUGAAUUUACAAUCAACUCAAAUAUAAUUGAUCAAGAUAUGAAUAUGAAUAAUACAAAACUAAUUAUUGAUGAUAUUAAUCAAAACUUUAAUGAAACUUUUGUUUUAUCAUUAAAAUCAAUAAACAUGUCCAUAUGUGAUCGUUCAUGUCAAUGUUUAAAACAAUGUCCAUAUGGUUUUGAAAUUCUUAAUGAUACAUGCGUAUGUCAACCAUCAUGUCAAAAUUAUCAAUGUUUUGGUAACGAUACGUGUAUUAUAACAGAUAAAGGACAACCUUUAUGUCAAUCAGAAAAUGACACCGAACAUGAUCAUUCAACUCGUUGUUAUCAACCACGAGAUGCUGGAUAUCAUAAUAUUAAUAUUCAAUAUCAUAAUCGUUGGUAUUAUAAUCCUGAUCAAGAUACUUGUCAUUUAUUUGUUUAUCGUGGUUUGGGUGGAAAUGAAAAUAAUUUUGAAACAUUACAUGAAUGUCAUUUAGAAUGUAUAAUAUGUGCUCCAUUACCUGAUUCAGGUGAAUGUUUAGGUCAUAUUACUAUGUGGUAUUAUGAUAAGAAAAAUAGUGAAUGCACACAAUUUGAAUAUUCAGGUUGUAAAGGUAAUCAAAAUAAAUUUUUAAAAAAAGAACAAUGUAUUGAUACAUGUAUUAAUCGAAUACUUAAUUUGAAAUAA